AUGGUGCAUGAAGUUCAGUCUCGCAUCUUCCGCCUAGUUUGGCAUCCCUCAAGACGGUUUCCUGCUAAGCCAACAAUGUACUCUGCAGCCUUCUCAACCGAGUCCAAAGCAAUCACAUGGAAGCAGGAAAUCAGCCGCUGGCUACGCAAUGAAAAGCAAAAUCUUGCCUUACAUCAUUUCGACUUCGACUUCGACUUCGAUGCACUAUGCGCCAGGGUCCUCAAGCUGUCCGGGAAACAGGGUAUAAUCAACUGUGAGAAGAUGGAAGGAGGUUCCAAUCGAGCCUUCAUCUUCACCUUCAACGACAACUGGCGGCUUGUAGCAAAACUACAAUUCAAAGUUACCGGUCCAGCAACACUCACUGCGGUCUCCGAAGUCGCUACUAGCACGUACCGUACAACAGGCCCACCAUGCUGGGGACCACUGACACAACUGACGGUCACUUCUCUAAAGUGUAAAACAAAACGAGCAUUCCCGUACCGCAGAUCCUGGAUUGUGAUCCUUCAGACCCCAUCGGCAGCGAGUACAUCAUCUCGGAUCAUGCAGCUGGAACAUCAGUAUGGCUGA